CUGUGCAGAGACUUCUGCUCUGAUGGUUCUCAUCAUGGUUCAGAGUGCAGCAUCACCGCAUCCCAGCCCUCGGCCAUAGCCCUUUCAGUUCCUCCUCCCUCCGUCUCUCUUGACCGCUCUUCUGUUGCUCUCCAUCUCUCUCUCAUUCUAUCUCUAUACGUCUACCUCUCUCUUUCUAUUCAUCUAUCUCUAUCUCACUCUACCUCCCUCUUUCCUCCUCCUCGAUCUUUCUCUUUCUUUCUAUUUAUCUUUCAACCUCUCUUUCUCUAUAUGUCUGCCUCUCUUUAAUCAUCUUUCUAAUCAUCUUUCUCUAUCUCACUCUACCUCCCUCUUUCCUUCUCCUCCCUCUUUCUAUCUCUCUUUCCACCUCUCUUUGUCUUUCGAUCUAUCCAUCGCUCUGUCUUUCCUCCUACCUCUCUCUGUCUCCUUAUCUUCUCUCUAUCUCUCUCUCUCCCACCAGCGCUGAAAAGCCCGGCAGCCUUCCACGAACAGAGGAGGAGUCUGGAGAGAGCCAGGACGGAGGACUACCUGAAGAGGAAGAUCCGCAGCCGCCCCGAGCGAUCCGAGUUGGUCAGGAUGCACAUCCUGGAGGAGACGUCAGCGGAGCCGUCCCUGCAGGCCAAGCAGCUGCAGCUCAAGAGGGCCAGGCUGGCCGACGACCUCAACGACAAGAUCUCCCACCGGCCCGGCCCCAUAGAGCUGGUCCACAAGAACAUCCUGCCCGUGGUGUUGGACGCCCUGCCCGAUUCUCCGAAGGGUGCCGGAGGGGAGAGCUCAUUGGACGAGGACAGCAGCGAUGCCUUGUCCCCUGAUCAGCUGACCAAUCACGACUCUCCUUUGGGCUCCAUUCCCCAGCUGUCCCCCUCUGACAUGCUGACCCAGAACGGAGACAUGUCCCCCUCCCAGUUCCUCUCACAGCCUCCCCCACCUCCUCCGCCCCCUCCCCCCCUGCUGACCAACGGCAUUGACUCCUCCUUGUCUCAGAGGCUGACCAAUGGGACGGCGGCGCCGGCUAACUCCCGCCCACUGACCAGCCAGGCCAAGUCCAAGAGCAGCUCAGACCGACCUCCACAGAGAUCCAAGAAAGCCAAAGACAACAAACCCAAGGUGAAGAAGCUCAAGUACCACCAGUACAUCCCCCCCGACCAGAAGGCGGACAAGGAGCCGCCGCCCCAGCUGGACUCCUCCUACGCCAAGAUCCUCCAGCAGCAGCAGCUCUUCCUCCAGCUACAGAUCCUCAACCAGCAGCAGCAGCACUACAACUACCACACCAUCCUGCCUGCCCCGCCCAAACCACCAACGGAGACGACCCCGUCAACAAAAUCAGGCCCCUCCCCUUCCCGGAGUGUAUCCACGACGACGACGGGGACCCCCUCCAAUCAGAGCGGGCCCCACCGUCAGAGCCAAACAGCACCAGGUGGAGCCAAACCAAGCACUUUACCGGCCAACCUCGACGAGUUCAAGGUCGCCGAGUUGAAACAGGAGCUGAAGCUCCGGGGUCUGACCGUGUCCGGCACGAAGAUCGACCUCAUCGAACGCCUCCGAAACUACCAGGAGCAGAACGGGGGCGGAGCCCUGAAGAACGGCCAAUCGCAGCCCGCGCAACCACUCGGCCACAACGCCACGCCCGCUCCCAACGCACUCCACCAAUCAGGAGAGGGCCUGACCAGGGUGCCGUCGUUCUCAUUGGCCCAGGGGCCCGUGCCGGGGCGGGUCAUGCGCUUCGGCAGCACCAGCUCCAGCCCCCCCGUGUCGCCCACGCCGUCGGAGCGCUCGCUGGCCGGGAUGAGCCCCGACGAGACCAGCUGCAGCGGCGACGCCUUCGGGGAGAUGGUCAGCUCCCCCCUCACCCAGCUCACCCUGCAGCACUCCCCCCAGAACCCCUCGGGCGCCUCCCCCCUCUCCCAGGUGAAGGAGGAGCACCACAGCCCCUGCAGCCUGUCCCGGCCCUCGCCCGGCCGCGGCGCCGCCCCCCCCGCCCCGACGCCGGAGCCCCAGGACGCCGCCGGCUCCCGGGACAAGGACCAGAUGCUGCAGGAGAAGGACAAGCAGAUCGAGGAGCUCACCCGCAUGCUGAAGCAGAAGCAGCGGCUGGUGGAGACGCUGCGCUCGCAGCUGGAGCACAAGGCCCCGGCGCCCGCCGCCGCCGCCGCGGCCGAGGCCAAGCCCCAGACGCUGUUCAAGGCCUCGGUGCUGCAGCCGCCCACGCUGCCCAACGGCAUGCUGGUCCGGAUCAAGAAGGAGGUCAAGGAGGCGGAGCACCACCACCAUCAGCACCGCCAGGAGGACGAGGACGAGGAGGCCAUGGAGGGGGUGACGGAGGAGGCCCAGGCCCGGCGGGGGGGUCAGCCCACCCAGUGCUCUCAGGAGACGCUCCUGAAGCUGCAGCAGAUCCGCAGGAUUCAGGUGCAGCAGGCGGAGCAGCAGCAGCUGCUCAAGCAGCAGCUCCUCAAGCAGCAGCAGCAGCAGGCAGUAAAGCAGCAGCAGCAGGUGGUUCAGCAGCAGCAGGCGGUAAAGCAGCAGCAGGCGGUCCAGCAGCAGCAGCAGCAGGUGGUUCAGCAGCAGCAGGCGGUAAAGCAGCAGCAGCAGCAGGCGGUCCAGCAGCAGCAGCAGCAGGCGGUCCAGCAGAAGGCUGCCGAGGCCAAGCAGCCGCCAGCCCCCCGGCCCGCGGGCCAGAAGACGGCGGGCGGCCAGCAGCUCCUGCUGCAGCAGCAGCAGAUCCAGCAGCUCAUCAUCCAGCAGACGCAGCAGAAGCACCUGCAGGCGCAGCAGAGGCUACUCGCCCAGCAGAAGCUCAGCGCUCAGGCCAAGCAGAGCAAGCCGGCGCACCACAGCCCCACCAAGGCCCCGGCCCAGGCCCCGGCCCAGGCCCCAGCCCAGGCCCCGGCCCAGGCCCCGGCCCAGGCCCGGGUCCAGGUCCAGGCCCAGGCCGGGCCGCAGAAGACCCCGCUGCAGCUCCGGCAGGUGGAGGUGCAGGUGCAGAAGCCCCCCGGGGCUCUGGUGCAGCUGAAGAGACCGCCGCGGGCCCCGCAGCCGUCCACGGCCCCCCCGGCUCGACAGGUGGGCCCGGUCUUCAUCAACCAGCUGAACAGCUCCCAGAUGCCCACCCAGACCAUCUCCCUGGACCUGCUCAAGGCCAACGGCACGCCCACGCUGGUCACCGACGGCAACGGAAACCACUACCUGGUGGCACUGACCAGUAGCACCAGUAACACCACGGACACUCAGAGCAAAGUGUCCCCGGGGAAAAGCAACGGGCGCAUCAUGCUGCAGAGACUACAGUCCACUCCAAACAAACUCCCCAGCCAAGCCAUCAACCCCCCCCCUGCGGACCCCAAGUCCAGCGAGCCCCCCGUGCAGCCGGCGCCGGUGGACCCGUCCGUCAAAAAGGUGCUGAAGGCGGGACUUCACCUGGAGACCAAUGGCGCGCCAGAACCCAGCCAGUCGGUCUCCGCCCCCCCCAGCCUGCAGCCCUUCUUCGAAGACAUGGCCGACAGCGAGUGCCAAAGCACCCUCAUCUCAUCCUUCAAGAGCGAGGAGGCGUGUCCAACCUACGACCGCCACGCCCUCUUCACCCCUCCCUCCCCCAAACCCAAAUCUCCCUUUUCCACCCAGCGCCCAAAAGAGAACGGCCUGAACAGCCAGCAGAUGGACGACCUGUUCGACAUCCUGCUGAAGAGCGGAGAGAUCUCUGGCUUCAAGGCCAACCCGGACCCCUCCCUCGCCCACCUCCACUCCGGCCCCCACUCCCCGGCCUCCCCCCCGCCGCUCUCCCCCCUGCACCUCUCCCCCCCGUCCCCCCCGCCCCCGGGGACCCCGCCCGGCCGGGUUCCCGCGGCGACGGGCGGCCGCCUCGAGGACUUCCUGGACGGCCCCUCGCUGCUGGGGGCGGGGCCUCUGACGCUGAUGGACGAGCUCCACAGCCAGAUGCUGGGCUCGGCCGGCCUGCUGGAGCACGCCCACUCCCACUCGCCCAUGGACACCUCGGACCUGGGCUACUCCGCCCACCACCCCUCGCCCAGCCUGGGCUUCGAAGACCCCACCCUGGACAGCAUGGACUGGCUGGACAUCUCCAUGGCGGGGGGGCCGGUGGUGGGCGGGGACGACGGGGGCGUGGCCGGGAGCCGGGGGACGGGGCUCGGGCCCUUGGCUCCGCCCACUCCUCCCAGCGUGUUCUCUGCGGACUUCCUGGACAGCGCAGACCUGCAGCUCCACUGGGAGUCGUGCUUGUAGCGCACAGUGACCCUAACCCCCCCCCCCCCCCCCCCCCCCACACAUACACACGAGACACACGCAAACGCAGACAGACACGCACACACACACACACGCGUGAGUUCUUGUCCUGCUUUGCGGUCACACUUUAGUGUCUAAGUGCCGUCUCCCAACACGCGUGCAGAACCACUCCCUCUAUACUGUCUCUACCACUGACACACACACACACACACACACACACACACACUCCCUUUGGGUCACAUGCAGGAGGUUAGGAAUGUAAUAUUUUCCCGGUCAUUCCUGCUGAACUGAGGGACACUAAAAGGGAGUCGGCCAUCUUGGAUGUGAGGAGAUCCAACAGGUUGAUCCUCUGUCGGCCAUUUUGGAGCCAGCUGUUGUCUCCCAAAACCUGCUGAUCAAUAAGACGCCUCGUUAAACGCCACAGUGGUUUCAGUUUCACUGUGAGAGAGACGAGAGUCUGUGGUUAUUCCCCACCUCACCUGAGAAGGUAGAAAAAGCAAAAGAAUGAAACGCAGGCAGCAAACUGUGUGUGUGUGUGUUUGUCUGUGCCCCACUAACUUUGCACUUACGCUGAAUUUGAUUGGUAAAAAAAGAUUAAGGGAGGCAGCUAAACUCUACAGCCCAAUGAGGAUAGGUGACUUAGUUCGUAAGCCCCUCCCCAUCCUUGUGAUGUAUCCAAUCCGCUGUACCCCUGUAGCUGUUUACAACAGUGCGACCACACACGCACACACACACACACAUACACACACACACAGUAGAUCAAGCGCUAAACACAGUGUCAUGAGUUUUAAAAAAAAAACAGUUGCUGAUGAAAGUCAUCGGCGACAGCCAUUGGUCGAAGGCCUUGAGGUGUGUGUAUAGUAUUACCUGGGAGGAGUCUUCUUGGCAGACCACUAUGCAUUGCUGUAUAUGGGGUGUAUAUUAUCUAAUGUCCAUAAAUGAAUAUUUUUCUUUUCUUUCUUGGUUGCUUUGAGUGGAGCUAGCUGGGCAAGGCCAGGUUUCAAAACAGCUUGGACUCAACUUUUGUUAUUUUUUAAAAGUGUUCAAGAAAAUAAAUAUGCAAUGUAAACUUA